GCGCGCCAGGAUCCGUGUUGUGAGCCGGUUCAGCGGAGUUUCGUGCGCCCAGCAGGCACAGAAUCCAGACUGUUUGAGAAGCCUGCAGGGACAUGUCAUCGUUGCUGGAUGCCUGGUGCUCAAUAGAAACUUGGCAGCUCGGUAGCUCCUCUGAACAAGUGCAGGAUGUCACCAGGAAUCAGAGCCCCGACGAAUUUAGAUGUCCUGUGAUUCUAAAUGCGUUGUCCUGUCCAGUGAAACCUUGUUCCACUGAUAAACUGGCAGCUUGUCGGGCCACAACAGAGGGAAACUGGAGGAAAUACCAUUGACAUCCAAGGCUUACCAGAUUGCCCCAUCUCAGAGGGAAGUCUCUGACUGUUAUUUGAAAUGCUGAGAAACUUGUUUCGGAGGAGACUUUUUUCUUAUCCUGCAAAAUACUAUUUGGUGGGUCUUGUCCUCUCUCUAAUUACCUUCUCUGUUCUAAGAAUUCAUCAGAAGCUGGAAUUUGUUAAUAUCAGACACUUGGAGCUUGCUGGAGAUGAUGCUGAUAGCAACAUUAAUUGCACCAAAGUUUUACAGCAUGACCCAGAGGAAAUCCAGAAGGUGAGGCUUGAGUUGCUAACAGUGAAAUUUAGGAAGCGCCCGCGGUGGACACCGUAUGACUAUAUAAACAUGACCCGUGACUGCGUCUCUUUCAUCAGGACGCGCAAAUACAUUGUAGAGCCCCUUAGUAAAGAAGAGGUCGGCUUUCCAAUUGCAUACUCCAUAGUGGUUCAUCACAAGAUUGAAAUGCUCGACAGGCUCCUGAGGGCCAUCUAUAUGCCGCAGAAUUUCUACUGCAUUCACGUGGACAAAAAAGCAGAGGAAUCCUUUUUAGCCGCAGUGAUGGGCAUUGCGUCCUGCUUUGAUAAUGUCUUUGUGGCCAGCCAGUUGGAGAAUGUUGUUUAUGCAUCCUGGAGUCGGGUACAGGCUGAUCUCAACUGUAUGAAGGACCUGUACAGAAUGAGUGCAAACUGGAAGUACUUGAUCAAUCUUUGUGGUAUGGAUUUCCCUAUUAAAACCAACCUAGAAAUUGUCAGGAAGCUCAAGUCAUUCUCGGGUGAAAACAACCUGGAAACUGAGAAGAUGCCUCAGAACAAGGAAGAAAGGUGGAAAAAACGAUACGUCAUUGUUGAUGGGAAGCUGUCAAACACUGGGGUAGUCAAAGCGCCACCUCCACUCAGAACUCCUCUCUUUUCAGGCAGUGCCUACUUUGUAGUCAGUAGGGAGUAUAUAGGCUACGUGCUAGAAAAUGAAAGUAUCCAAAAGUUCAUGGAGUGGGCACAAGAUACAUACAGCCCGGACGAGUACCUCUGGGCCAGUAUCCAGAGGAUCCCUGAAGUCCCUGGUUCUCUCCCCUCAAGCCACAAGUACGACCUGUCUGACAUGAAUGCUGUCGCUCGCUUUGUCAAGUGGCAGUACUUUGAAGGCGAUGUUUCCAAAGGCGCCCCUUACCCGCCAUGCAGCGGAGUCCAUGUGCGCUCCGUGUGUGUUUUCGGAGUUGGUGACUUGAGCUGGAUGCUUCACACACACCACUUUUUCGCCAAUAAAUUUGACAUGGAUGUUGACCCCUUUGCCAUCCAGUGUUUGGAUGAGCAUCUGAGGCAUAAAGCCUUGGAAGCCUUAGAACACUAACUGCUGUCGGGAAUCCUGGGGAAAAUAAGGAUGUACAAAGUGUUACCCUCAUCUGUUUCCUUUGUCUUAUGUGGGGUCCUCUUUAGGGUGAUGGCUUUUAAGUCCGUGUCAGAGACGCUGCAUGAAUUGUGCAGAAUACAGUUACAAGAGAGGUUGAUGCAUUAAGUGUUCUACAGCAAUUGUGAGGAGAGAGUUAAAAUGGCUGGAAGCUGGGGAAGAUUUUUAUGGACAGAGGGGACCCAGGUGAUUGGGAAAGAGGCCAAUGGAGGAAUUAGCCUCCCUGACUAAUGAAAAAACCAAACAGGUACUUAAUCUAGAGGAGAUUUGAUCUGUGCCAAAAUUCUCAAGAGAAUUUUAAACAUGAUAAUUUUCUUAACGUGAAUAAAUUUGUAGCAACAACCAAUCACAAAAAUACCUUGUAUAUUCUUUUGGAAUGGACAUUUGAUUUUCCUCUUAAGUUAUCCUUGUAAAUAAUCUACUUCCUGCUGUGACUCUGUGGGUGUGGUGUCUCUGUGUGUCAUCUCAGGGAGUUUAAAAUAUGUUCAGCAUGAAUAUCUCUAUCUUAAGUUUUGCUUAUAACUAUGCAUACAUGUUUUCAAAAGCAAGGGAGAAGGGACAGUUUCUAGCUCAUGAUUUUAUGGAGUCUUUUAAGUUACUAGGAAAUUCUAGGAACCAGCUGGGUGUGUGGCCUGUGCCUGUGAAGGAGGAGGAUUGUUCAAGCUCAAGUGAUAGCAGCUAGGCUGGGCAAAAUAACAAGACCCCGUCUCUUUAGAAAGGAGAAGAAACAAAACUCAAUUUUUCCAGCUAAAUAAUCUUUUAUCCGGUCCUCCCAGACUGUGCAUGCUGUCAAGCAGCAGACAUGUUGCUAUUUUAUCAAUGCUUUGGUUCUUUGGGGUGAUUCAGUCACCAGUAACUGGUGCAGAAAACUAGGGAGGAUGAAGAAGGUGUUCAGGGGAAGGAGUCUGGGAUGGCCGUUGCAGAGGCCCGCUACAUUCCUGUUUAUAGCCAGCAGCUGGUUCUGUCCUAAGAAAUUAAGGUUUCUGCCUACUGGAUGGGCUAGUGUCAGGUGGUGGCAUCCUGACCUUGUUAUCUGCCCACUGGAUUUUCUUAGCCUGCUGGUUGCUAGUUUCUCCCUCUCUCAUGGCCCUUGAGGCGGGGGAAAGAAGCACACUUGUGUCCACAUGAACUAUUUGAAGGCCUGGGAAGAGCGCUGUGGUAUCACAGUGUGUUUUCACCAAAAGAGAAAAAUGGUAGUUUCUGCAGUUCUGACUCUCAUCUCAAGUGGAAUUUGUUUUGUUUUGUUUUCCCUCUCCUAAUAUUAUUUAGCUGAAUCUAAACUGUUUGGCCAGAAUCAUAGUGAAUGUGUAGUUUUGGCGCCUGUCCUGG